GGGCAGAGUCGCGCCGCGGCCGGCAACGACGACCGACCGGCCACGGCUCACCACUCAGUACACGAUCUGCCUCGCCGCCGCCAACUUGCGUGGCCAUAGAGACCCCGUCCUCAAACUUCGACGAAUCCCACUCGAUACAUUCGCUUCCAAAUUUAAAAAUAAAUGAUCAUUCGAAUAUUUUCGCUCGCGAGUUUCAUUGUAUUGCACUAUAUUUACGUUUGUACGGUGCUUUUUAGUAAAACUUAACGGGCUUCUUUUAGUGUCGGGAGUGAAGUUAAUGUUUCUGAAUGAUAUAAGUUGGCGGGAUUUUUAAUUUCAGUUUGAAAGGUGUUGCGCUCGAGUUGCGUGGUGCGAGGGUGUGAUGCGAGCGGCGCGGAGGGGCCCGCGCCGGCGCCGGUAGCCGCGAACAUGCGCCCGCGCACCGCUCAUGCGCUCGCUUGCUUGCUAGCUCUCGCUGCUACGCUCACCAGCCACACCGCCGCCGCCUCCAGUGUUAUUAAAGGCCAGCGGGCGGCUUGCAGCAACGAGGGCGACCCCGUUCGCCUUCAGGACGCGCGUCUUGAGCACGACUGGAGCAGCUGCUUCCGUUGCAUCUGUAAGAACGGUUUCGUGGAGUGCCGCAAAGGUACUGAGGAGUGUGGCCCAAUGGAAGAUUGCGCGGUGGUAAUGCCACGGGAAGGUUGCUGUGCCCGAUGCAAGGGAUGCUGGUACAAUGGCACAGACUACGCGUCUCACACGGAGUGGGUACAAGAUGGAAAGAUUUACAGAUGUGAAGCUGGAGUCGUCACUAUUUCGCGACCCCAGUGCUAUGCGCCGUGCGACAACCCUAAGCACCAGCGGCAUACGCACUCGAAUUGUCCUGUUUGCGACGAAUGCGUGAUCAAUGGGCAGCGUGUAUGGGAAGGGCGUGAUGUUCGUAUUCCAGAAGAACCUUGUUUGUCAUGUCGAUGUGUGCGUGGAGCUCUGUCCUGCACCAAGCGGGCUUGUCCCGUGCUGCCGUGCGUGAGGGCACAGCAGUUCACACCAGCUGGUGAAUGCUGUCCACGCUGUUCUCAUCCUACGUCGGAUAAAAUUUUACCAACGAGUUUUCUGCCAAAGCCCUGCAUAAUUGGUAAAGAGUAUCACGCGCACCUGAGCAAGUUCCAAGUAGACCCCUGUACCGAUUGCACGUGCAUGAACGGGACAUCAGUGUGCUCACGACACACCUGUCCGGUGUUAACAUGCGGGACACGCGCCCUGCCCGUCCCACCUGGUAAAUGCUGCCCGGAGUGCCCCAACAUUGAGGAAGCUAAGGCUGCCUGUAUAGUUAGCGGAAAAACUUACCAGGAUGGCGAAACGUGGCAAUUAGAUGCUUGUAAGUCAUGUGAAUGUCAUGCUGGUGAACCAAGAUGUGCUAUGGAACGAUGCCCGUCAUUAACGUGCCCACCCGACCAAACACUUAGACAAUUACCUGGACAGUGUUGCCAGAAAUGUGUAGACAUUGACGGUAUUUGCACCGUAUUCGGUGAUCCACACUAUAAAACUUUCGAUGGAAAGUUUUAUAGUUUUCAGGGAUCCUGUAAGUACCAAUUAGUUUCUGAUUGUAAGAAUCACACAUUUUCCAUAAGAAUAUCGAACGACGCUCGAAAUACUUCACAUUCCUCGUGGACUCGGACUGCAACUCUUCGCAUUGGAUCUACCAAAAUAAACAUGGGAAGAAAAAUGCGGAUAAAAGUGAAUGGACAUAGAAUAUCAUUGCCUCACAACAUAAACGGAAUAGCCGAUAUAAGUCGAAGCAAUGGAUCUGUUAUUUUAAAAGCUAACAUUGGGUUGCAAUUGCUAUGGGACGGUGACGGAUUCUUAGAAGUUACAGUGUCUAGUUCAUACAAAGGGAAAUUAUGUGGUUUGUGCGGCAAUUUCAAUUCGAUUGCUAGAGAUGACAUGCGGACUAGAGAUGGAAGGCUCAUAAGUGACACGUGGAGAUUUGGUACUUCUUGGCGAGUAGGAGGACAUCGCGCUUGCACUAGACGCCAAGAGCGGCCGGGAAUGAAUACUCGUUGUAGAGCAUCUAAACUCACUAAAGCGCGUCGUUUAUGCAAGGCGUUUGAAAACCACGAGGCUUUUUCUGAAUGUGGGGCAAAAGUGAACCCAUAUAAUUAUAAAGAAGCGUGCCUGUUGGAUGCGUGCAGUUGUUCAGGCGUGCGUUGCCACUGCGCUGCGUACAGAGCGUAUGCAAGGGAGUGUACACGAGUGAGUGCAGAACCCAUGAAUUGGAUGAAAGCUGUGUGGUGUGAGGGUCCAGCUCCAGCUUGGCUACUACGCGGAAGGAAGGGUCGUAAUCGUGGACCGAAGUCAAAGGAACAAAGCUUUCUAGAAUUGAGCACGAUACAGAUUCGUAAUAAUAGUCGUGUCAGACCACCUCCGCCAAUAUUGCAUUAGCUGACCAAGGGCGACAAUAUUACUAGUCAAAACUGCCAGUGUGGUAAUGUUAGCUUGUUACGGGAUUCUCAAAGGGAAACGACGACGCACUGCCUUUUAGUUGCGGCUGAAAGUUGCAACGGGUUUGAUUAUGGAAUGAAGAUCUUUUUACUUAAACAGUAUUCGUAGAACUACUUAUAGUUAGGUAAUAAUCAAACGCAUAGUAAUAAUAACACCACCUAUAGCUCAAUAUUACCUCGCUAACGACCAGCUUCUUAUUAAUAUAAGCAUUCCUAUAUAAUUCUUAAUAUUAUAACUCUUUAUAAACGUAUAAAUAUGUAACAUGAGAAAUAUUUUGUGUUGAGAAAACGUAUUUAUAAUGUUAAUAGUAAUUUUAUGGUUGAAUAUAAAUAAAAGUAUUUAUUGCUUCUUGCUGGUUGUUAUAUUUAGGUGAUUUUACUUACAACUGAAAACCGCACAUAUAUACAUGAGGUGAAAGUGUGUUUAUAUUGAAUUAUUAUCAAAUUAUGUGAUAUUAAGUUUUUGAUUACGACUUCAAAUAGAUGAUUUAAAUACAUAGUUCAAAUUGAGAUCUCAUUCCUAGGUAGUUUUCGAAAUAUAGAUACAUAGAAUAUUAGUAGCCGAAGUAAAGAAGCUAUUUAAUUCGUAAUAGAAAGAACAAAUGACAAGUAAAACUACAAUAUUUGAUGCUUAGUUGACAUACUUUUAAUUUCAUAGCAAAUAAUAUUUACUCUAUAAGUAUUAUAAUUAAAAAAAUAAUGAGCAUUUUUCUUGGAAUAAAUCAAUGUAUCUUCUCCAUUAGACUUGUAAAAUUGUAUAUAUACCAAAAAUGUAUGGAUGAAACAUUUUGAAGACUAAAAAUUUAGUUAUAAAUGCGUUACCAAUGAACUUUAUUGAUUUUGAUGACUCUUCUACAAUAUAUAUUGUAUAAUGUAAUAUUUUUAGAAUAAUUUUAUUUUACAUUAUUAAACACGUAUUUAUUGACGUGACUGUGACAUGAAUACGUAGCGUGCCAUCAAAAAGUGUUUGUUAAAAUUAUUAAUUUAACCAAAUAUCACGUAGAUAUGAAUAGUAUUUAUCGUGAUAUUACAUAUGAAAUAUUAUAUAUCCCUACGCCAAAAUAUCUACAAAAUUUUAGAUGUGGUUCUCUUAUAAUGCUUACGAAUUAUUGAAAAUUAAUGAUAUAUUCAAUUUAGAAAGAAAAAUCGAGAUCAUUAAUGUUAUAUUAUAAUUAUUAAUUAUGUAAGUAUUUAAUAAUAUAUUGUUUUAACUGCAUUAACAUAUUGUAUUGUCUACAUAGUUACGGGAAAUACGAAAACAAAUUUAUUGAAUUAAUUUUUAAAGAGCGAAUAUGUACUUUGACGCUUUUCGUUUUAGUUAUUUUUCAUUCCUAUAAAAUAUCUACUUAUUUGUUAAGAAUAUACUGCAUUUGUGUAAAAUCAGAUUAGAGCAAAAAUUUACAGGUUUAUACGCGAUUAACUUGCGUUAUUAUCCAAAUUCCAAAGACAUUAUUUUAAUCUGAGACAAUGUUAUCCAAUAUAGGUCCGAAAACUUAAUGAAUAUAUGGUGUUGCUGAAUAUUCUAUAAUUCAUGUUAUCAAUAGCAUAAAUCUUGCUCUAUGUUUGAUAAUACCUUAAUGCGCCUUGCAUAGAGAUUUUAUGAUGUUGCAUGUGGCAGAUAUGUUAUUUUCUGUAUACUUUCAAUACUUGAUGUUAUCUAUAAACAAUGUAAAUAUCUUCUGUAUGCAGCAUUGUAUCAUGAAUUUUAUUUAGAACAGCUUACGUUUUAAGUAAGCUUAUAAGUUAUUAAUUUUAUUGUAUAACUAAAUAUCCAAUUAUUUUUAAUAGUAACGCAAAAUAAAUGAUGCACAAGCAAAAAUUAAUUUAUUUUUUAUAAUAUUCUUUAUAGUUAACCUUAAAUGAUGAUUUUGAAUAAAUAUGGGUUUUAUUUAUUUAGCAAUUGUUUUUGUUUGUAUAUAACUGAAUCGUGUAUUUAGACGAUUAAAUUAUUUUUGUGUGUAUGACUUCUAUAGUGAGUUCUGAGUGACUUCUUAUCCAUAAUCGAUACGUAUUUUACAAAACCACAGAAGUUAAUAAAACACUGCUAAUUGUGUAUGUUAUAAUACUAUAUAACUAAUAAGUAUAAAACAAACCUAUCUUAUGCGAAAUGGCUUCGAAACAUUUUGUGUAAUUAAAUAAAAAUGUAUUCAUAACA